UUCCGCUCUCUGUCCCGUCAUCACUCCUUGUAAGAUCGAUCCCACCCAUACUCUGCCCUACGUCACCAAGGGCAGUCUCUCAUACGAAGUAACGAAUUAGUUGGCAAGACUCCCAAAGCUCGACUGUCCUUCUACAAUGGAUCCCGCUCAGAUCCUUGCAAACACUUAUUCACCGGACGCCUCGACGCGUGACGAUGCCACAGCCAGGCUCGAACAAGCAGCGAAUGAGAACUUUCCCGCAUACAUGUCUAUGUUGUCCGCGGAAGUCACAAACGAAAGUAGAGACCAGUUCAUUCGCAACGCUGCUGGUCUUGCCAUCAAGAAUGCCCUCACUGCCCGCGAUCCUAAGCGUCAAAAUGAGAUGUCUCAGAGGUGGCUCGCUGUCGAUGCGAACACCCGACAACAAGUGAAGAACAACUGUUUCAUGGCUUUGCAUUCGAGCAACACCCGUGCCGGAGGUGUGGCAGCUCAAGAUAUUGCCGCCAUUGCUGCGAUUGAACUGCCAGCCAACACGUGGCCGGAAUUGAUUGAACAAUUGCUCGGUUUCGUGAACAAUGCUGCCAAUGCUGGGUUAAGGAUGGCUACACUGCAGGCGAUCGGGUAUAUCUGCGAGCAAGUGAAACCCGAAAUUCUGCAGACGCGUGCAAAUGAAAUCCUAACAGCUGUUGUGCAAGGGGCACGGAAGGACGAGCCAGAAACUGAGGUACAACUUGCUGCUGUCAACGCAUUGUAUAACUCUUUAGAGUUCGUACGAGACAACUUUGAACGCGAAGGUGAACGAAACUACAUUAUGCAAGUAGUUUGCGAAGCCACCCAGAGCCCCUCUGUUCCGGUGCAGGUCGCUGCUUUCGAAUGCCUUGUUCGGAUAAUGAACUUGUACUAUGACAAGAUGGCAUUCUACAUGGAGCGUGCUCUUUUCGGCCUUACGGUUCUCGGCAUGCGCAGUAGCGAACCAAACGUCGCCCUCCAGGCCAUCGAAUUCUGGUCGACCGUCUGCGACGAGGAGAUUGACAUCAUCGUAGAGAACACUGAGGCUGAAGAAUACGGUGAGAUUCCAACACGGACCUGCAAGAACUUCGCAAAGAUCGCUUUGAAUGAAAUUCUCCCGGUGCUGCUUACUCUCUUGAGUACACAAGAUGAGGACGCGGACGAGGAAGAAUGGAAUGUGUCCAUGGCAGCAGCCCAUUGCUUGAGUCUCCUUGCCCAAGUAGUUCUGGACGACAUUGUGUCUUUGGUGGUCCCGUACAUCGAGGCUCACAUCAAAUCUGCGGAUUGGCAUCAGCGCGAAGCGGCAGUGAUGGCUUUCGGUUCCAUCAUUGAAGGUCCUUCACCGAAGGGUCUCCAACCUAUUGUUGCUCAAGGCUUGACUGUUCUUAUUCCGAUGAUGAAUGACGCCCACCCCGCAGUCAAGGACACAGUCGCGUGGACUCUUGGCAAAAUCAGCGAUCUCAUGCUGAGCCACAUUGCCAUCGAGAACUUCAUGGUUCCCCUCAUCAAUGCAUUUGUGCAAGGACUCGACGAGAAAGGCCGAAUUGCUCCGAAUUGCUGUUGGGGCCUCAUGAACAUCGCCAUACAACUAGAUCCCACGGAUGGCGACGCCGAGUCAACUCCGGAUACUAGCCCCUUGUCCCCGUACUUCGAUGGAAUUGUGAAUGCCCUCUGGAGAGUGACAGACCGUCGGGACAAUGACCACAACAUCCGCACAACUGCGUACGAAGCCAUCUCGACUUACAUUGAACAUUGUAACAAGGAUAACCUGAACACGGUUGGUCAGCUAGCUCAGCAACUGCUCGUCCGUAUGGAGUCUCUGCUCAGUCAAGCUAACGAGAUCCUUGGCACGGAUGACCGUAACAAUUGGCAUGAGCUUAUGAGCAACAUCUGCGGAGUGCUUAUCUCUGUCACGCGAAAAACCGGAAGCAACAUCAGCCACAUCUCUGAUCGCAUGAUGACCGAUGUUCUCCAACUUGCGACGGUUGCCAGUCGUACCUCCACCGUGCUCGAAGAUGUCUUCUUAGUGCUGGGAGCUGCUGCGACAUCAUUAGAACAAGCAUUCCUGCCUUACCUCAAUGCCUUCCUGCCGUUCCUCCUCGCGUCUCUGAAGGCACAUGAAGAAACGCAACUGGUCAACGUUGCUGUCGGCUUGAUCGGCGAUAUAUGUCGCGCUCUCGGAGACCAAUGUUUACCGUACUGCAACGCCUUCAUGACUGCCCUUAUCGAGAACUUGCAAUCGGAUACUCUCGCUCGAUCUGUCAAGAUUCCGAUUCUGCAGGCGAUCGGAGAUAUUGCCAUCGCAAUUGGCGGCAAUUUCGAGCACUAUCUGAGCACUAUCAUGGAGAUGCUGAAGCAGGCUGGUGCUAUGGAGGCUGACCCUCUCGACGCUGCGCUGCAGGAAUACGUGGUACGGCUACGUGACGGCAUUAUCGACGCGUAUGUCGGGAUAGUCCAGUCGAUGCGAGCAAGCCACAAGGAGAACGAGCUUCUGCCAUACAUACCCUCAGUCUUCAUCGUUAUCCUCAAAUGCCUCAAUGAAGACGAGUACGACCGCAGCGACACUUCAACGAGGACGCUUCUUGGCCUGAUCGGUGAACUUGCCGUCAUGUACCCCAACGGUCAGAUCAAGGAGUAUCUGCUGAAUGAUGCUGUUGUCCAAACGCUCAAAUAUACCCGCGGUCGCUCAAAGAUAACCAAGGCGACUGCAAAGUGGGCCAAAGACGCCGUGAAGAAGGCCACAACCUUGGCCUAAUAUUUUUAUUCCGACUUUGCUUGUCAUCGUGUUUCAUUUCUUCAGGUUUUCGAGUGCUAGUCUCCCGCUUAACACCGCAAUCGCCCUCGUCAUCUAAGGAUGUCCAAUGUUUCCCAGUUUUACAUUAUUCGAGUCUUCAAAACUCGCUAUCACGAAAAUACGACCGCCCACUAUUCGCUCAAGGACGCGAAUCUGAUACUAUCUCGGUUGUUCCGAGCUUCGUGACCGGCAUUCAAAGCCGUUCUGCUCCGCCAGUACUUGGCCCACUGCUAGUUUCCUUCCCAAACGGUAAGUUGACGAUGAUUAACGUUAUGAUAUAUUCUAGCGGUCCCUUCCAGCGCGGGCGCUUCUGCGGCUUUAGAGCACCUCUAGCUACUGCUUCGACUGAGCUCUCGAUGCCCCUACUUUUUUCUUUUUCUUCUCGUAAUCCUUCGUCCACGACCUUUCUGUAUCAUGCCUUUCCUACCCGUGCGCACAUCACUACAACUACCAUUCCCCGCCCCCUGCAAUCCAAUCCAUUUUAUCACCUCAAGCAUGUCCCUUUGAUCAC